AUGUUUUAUAAUAUUUCUCUAAAUAGUCUUGGCAUCGAGAGAGUGAAGGAAUUUAAAUAUCGUGGGCAUAUGCUAUCUGAAAAUCUAAAAGAUAAUAUCGAUAUAGAACGGGAACGCAGGGCAGUGGCGGCAAGAGGUAAUAUGUUGGCUCGUAGAUUUGCUCAUUGUAGUAAACAAGUGAAAAUCACCCUUUUCAAGGCGUUUUGUCAAAACUUUUACACGAGUAGUCUAUGGGUCAACUGUACUGUCAGGUCGCUAACUGCCAUGCGUGUUCAAUACAAUAAUGCGUUUAGGAUGCUCUUGGGACUGCCUCGUUUCUGCAGUGCUUCGGAGAUGUUCGCCCAAGCCCGUACAAAUGACUUCUGGGCUAUUAUUAGAAUUAAAACAAGAUCUCUGUUGAGCUGGGUACGAGGCUGUCGGAACAGCAUCUUGAAGACUGUGGCAGAUAACCUGUCUUUGCCUAUCAUGAAGCAUUUUGUGCGUACACUUGUCGGUUCAGAUCGACGAGUGUAUGCAUAG